AUGGAUAACGGUGGAAUCAGAAAAAGAAAAGAUGCGAAAGAGAACAAAGUAAACGUGCAGGGAGGGAUGAAUUUCCCAUCAAAUGAAGCCGCGGCAAAUAAUGGAAACUGGAACGGAGGCAGUGUGACAAAAGGGAAAAAUGAGCACUGGGAUUCGAACAGAAGCUCAUGGGGGUCGUUCUCAAAUAUGGGUUCAAGCGCGAGGAGGGACUCAUCAAGCGAUAACUCUAAGUCGGGGAAAAAGAAAUCUUUAGGCAUAUUCAACAGCUCGAACAUCAGUGCUAUAUCGAAUAACUGCAUGAAAUCGUUUAACAAUAUGUUGAGUAAUAUUAACUACAACAUAAACAGCUCCGUGGGCCAUGGCACCAGUGGAGGAGGCCACUUCAAUGACAGACCAGGGGCUUCAACGGAGACCACCUUCUACGAAAAUCAGUUUAAAAAUCUGAACCUCGCUAAAGGAAUAAGCUACCUAAGCAAUAUAGCUAACCCACAGCAAAAAUUCACCUCCGAUAGUAGGAACAUACCGGGAAAUAAAAGCAACUUUAACUUUUUCCGUAACUAUGAAAAUAACCUAGCGCAGAAAAGGGAAAACAGUACAAGUGGAACAAAUCAAUACAGUAACUCCUCUCAGGGGAAGUAUGCCAACAAUAGUAGGGCAAAUAUGACGAGGUCAACAAAUAGAAGCACAGUUAAUAGCCAAAAUUUAGAAAGCUUUUUAAAUAACAAAGAAAUUCAAAACCCAAAUUAUAACAUCACAGGAUUUGGAAAUAACUACACAAGUGAAAUAAAUAACUUAAGAAAUAUAAAUAAUGAUGAGACGUAUUGUACAUGUCUUGAUAACCUGCUACGAAAUCAUGGAAAUAUCGAUUCGAAUGAAAUGCUAAAAUAUAAUGAUAAAAAUAUCAAUUGCUUAAACGACAUAAUAUUCCUAGAUGUGUAUAGAGCAUAUAACGUUUUAACUUAUAUGCAAGAAAAGGUCAACAUUAUAAUUUACACCAUAAAAAUCAUUGGGAAGAAAUUAAAAAAAACAGGGCCCGGGAGGAAUUUUAUGAAAAAAAUAAGUGAUCUGCUAAAAACAACAACUUUGAAAAAGUCAAUUACGAAAGAUGUUAAGUCCAAGUUAUCUAAAUUUCUCAUCGUCCCGAUCAUCCACCCAGGGGUAGCAACAGAUCCAAGACUACAUUUCAUAAAGAGAAAGAUCCUCUUCAUGUUACAGUUAUGGCAUGAUUCUUUUAUCCUUCAUCAACACAUAGCUGCUGCUGUUUUUAACGAAUAUAAAUCUCUGAAGGAAAAAGGAAUUACCUUCCCGAUUAUUAAUAAGGCUGAAAAAUUUUACGUGAAGAAUGCAGACGCCUCUCCAUCUUUCUCGGACGAUAAUAUACUCCACGAUUUGCCUCUAAAAUUGCCACAAAUUAACAAUAUAAUGAAAAGUUUAAAAGAAAUUAAACACAUGCAUAAUGAUGAGGAAAAAUCAAAAUGCAUUGCCAUCGUGGCCAAGUACAAAGAUCUCGUCUUCCAAAGUAUUAACAAAUUGUCCGAUUACAAGGGCAACGUCAAUAUCUCCGUCACGCUAAAUUCGCUUCUGUACAUUAACGACCAAAUUUGCAUUUUUGAAAAAUGGGAAAAGGAGCGGGAAAACGGGGACGGAAGCGGAAAUGGAUUUAAGUCCACACUGAGGGACAAGGCAACGGAAGAAGAAACUGAAAAACGCAAGCAAAAGGGAAAGAAAAAGAAAAACAAAAAGAAGGAAACCUUCAACCAAUCAAAUAUUAACGAAAUUAUUUUUAACAAAUACGACCCGUGGAACACCGAAAAGAAGGAAGAUAAAAAUGAAGCGCAACAAGAAAACGACACCUUUUUCAACGAACCAGUUGCAAGUUUUACCAGCGCCACUUCUGCCAAGUUUAUGACCGAACAGACAGACACCCUAUUUAACAGUAAAAACGGUGCAUCGUACGACAGUGAAAAUCUGUUUUCCUUUUUUGGUGAAGAAUCAAUCAAAACGGAUGGAAAAAAUGCACCUAAAAAGGAUAACGAGAUGGAGGACAAAUAUAGCGUUUUCAACGAACUGAACUUUAGUAAUGAUUCUGCUCAUCUCUCAAGCAAUAACUUCCAACCGGGGAUGGCUAACCUUAACGUCAAUUCCCAAACCACACCACUGAAACCAUCGAAUCAGCUGCCCCACGUUCAUAUCGCGCAACAAGAUAGUAACGCACCCAACAAGCGAACAACGCAAAAUAACAAUUUUGAUAGUGACAAAGGUAGGAAUAAUUUAUUACCCAAGGGGCAGGGACAAAAUUCAAAUCUUCAUUCAAACACAGUCAAUGGUCUUCCCCCCCAUGAACACAAUUCACCAUUACACAAAAAUGAGAGAAAGGCAGUAGCUCCCAUCCCUGGGAAGACAACCCCCUCGCCCCAUAUUCAUAUAUUAACAAGUGAACCGGACGAAGAAAAUUUCCAAGUAGGCCUAACAAACGACAGUUUCAAUUUGACACAAAUUGAAAUUUCUAACCAGUCUUACUUGAGCGAGAGAAAUAGAAGCCGAAACGGAGGAUUUACAGGGGACUCUCUCCCUAAUGACGUAAAUGCGACUGCUGGCAAUGUACAAAAUGGUAUUGUAGUAAAAACUAGUGACAUAAACGACCUUGCCAGUCGAAAUAAUUCACAGAAAGGGGAAAAAAAAGUCAACGUGUCCAGGGAUAGCGAUCCCCCUUUUAAUGGGAUCAAUUUUGAUAAUAUAAUUGAUUCUGCAGAAACUAGCCAAAAUGCGAUUAAGCAAAAUGAGCCGAAGGCUACCGGGCAGAGGAACAUCACCAAGGAGGAACCUCUUACCAACGAAAAUGCAAAUGAACCUAACUAUGAUUAUUUAUUCGAAACGUUUGAUUUUGGCCCAUCCGGCAAUAACAGUGGUGAGGCGAACGUGGAGAUGAAUGCAAGUAGCGUUGCUGAAAAACAGAGCAAUUUGAAAACCCCAUCGGAAAGCAACCCCCCAGAUGUAGGGUCAAACAGAGCGAAUGAACAAACAAAUACAAAGGAAGUUUGCGAUACGUCAAUCAAAAAUGUGCAUGGAGGAACAUCUGAUAUGGUGCUGGACCAAGUUAACAAGGAGGCCACAAGUAUGAACACAAAGCACAACCCAGUGAGUCGUACCACAGUGAAUAACGAUGACUUGUACAGCCACCUAAACCAAUUGACCCCCGUGAGUAGCGUGAAUGAUGAAUCGCGUAGCGGAGAUAAAAUUUCAUCCGACAAGAACAAAUGUGAUAGUGAGAGCCCAAAUAAUGCUUCAAAUUUGGAGGAAGAAAUCCCAAAAAAAGGUUACCAGGAUGAUGGGAUAGUUGGCCAAUGCAAGGAGGAACAAGGCGUUGAAGAGAAGAAGCACCCAGACAGUAGUCCGAUAGCUGAGGAAAAAGCAAACGAAAAGGACAAAAAGGAAGACAACCCCGAUGAGGCAAGCAACGCCGAUUCGAAUGGCAUCAACUUUGACGAGAUCGACGAAAUAACGAAAGCAAUAGAUGACCUCAACGAUAACUUUGAAAAUAUGAAUAUUUAUAAAUAUGACAAUUAA